GGAAAAACACUGAAGGGGUAGCUAUGGAGAUGGAGCGUUUUCCUGGCUGCUUUCUUUGACAGGUGUUGAGUGGGGCAAAAGUCUUAAAACAGAAUCCAGCAUGUACGCCAAAGGUAAAGGAGCCGUGGUCCCUUCCGACAGCCAAGCACGAGAAAAGUUAGCUUUAUACGUGUAUGAGUAUUUGCUGCAUGUCGGCGCACAGAAAUCAGCACAGACCUUCCUCUCGGAGAUCCGAUGGGAGAAGAACAUCACACUCGGGGAACCUCCGGGAUUUUUACACUCGUGGUGGUGCGUAUUCUGGGAUCUGUACUGCGCCGCCCCGGACCGGAGGGAGACAUGCGAACAUUCCAGCGAGGCCAAGGCCUUCCACGAUUAUAGUGCGGCCGCCGCCCCCAGUCCAGUGAUGGGCAACAUGCCGCCCAACGACGGCAUGCCAGGGGGACCCAUGCCCCCGGGAUUCUUUCAAGGUCCCCCAGGAUCUCAGCCCUCCCCUCAUACGCAGCCUCCUCCACACAACCCCAGCAAUCCCAUGAUGGGCCCUCACGGACAGCCCUUCAUGUCGCCGCGGUACCCCGGUGGUCCAAGACCCGCACUCCGCAUGCCAAACCAGCCACCCGGGAGCAUCCCCGGAUCACAACCUCUCCUGCCAAACAGCCUGGACCCAACCAGACCUCAAGGACAUCCAAACAUGGGUGGUCCAAUGAGAAUGAAUCCCCCACGAGGAAUGGGAGGCAUGGGCCCACAGAAUUAUGGUGGAGGGAUGAGACCUCCUCCAAACUCAAUGGGGCCAGGGAUGCCCGGCAUGAACAUGGGUCCUGGCGGAAGAGGUCCAUGGCCUAACCCCAACAACAACUCGAUAGCUUAUUCGUCUUCAUCUCCGGGCAACUACGUGGGGCCCCCAGGGGGAGGAGGCCCACCAGGAACUCCCAUCAUGCCAAGUCCUGGAGAUUCAACAAACUCGAGUGAAAACAUCUACACAAUGAUGAACCCCAUCGGCCCUGGUGGAAACAGACCUAACUUCCCGAUGGGACCGGGGCCCGAUGGGCCCAUGGGUGGAAUGGGCGCCAUGGAACAGCAUCAUAUGAACGGCUCGCUAGGCUCUGGUGACAUGGACGGGUUGCCAAAGAAUUCUCCCAACAACAUGGCAGGCAUGAACAAUCCCCCUGGCACUCCGCGGGACGACGGCGAGAUGGCAGGCAACUUUUUAAACCCAUUCCAAAGUGAAAGUUAUUCACCCAACAUGACGAUGAGUGUGUGAUUCUUUUUUGGUUUUUUCUUUUAUUUUACUUUUGUCAUCUCCCUUUUAUCCUCUCCGACGGUGCGUCUUGCAUUGCCCUCCUCGUUCCCUUUUCCUCCGGCAUCCGUGUGGAUCGGCGCGCAGCCCCUCGGGAUGCCCAUGGACAGCAGGACCCCUCUGAAGGGCCCCCAUCCCAACGUCUGUAAAAUGGGUGUAAGAACAUGAGACUUUCUACCAUUUCCCAUCCUGACCCUCCUCGUCUCGAGCCUUGGAGAACCCCCCGAACCCCAACAAAGCAUCCCCCUCAAGUCCAAUCAACCAGUCGUGAAGCUCAACAAUUAAAUAAUGAGCAUAGGCCGAAACUAUGAGCAACAUGUUUUGAAUUUUGUUUCUCUGCAAAUGCUACGUUUAAGGCCUGCUGGGAAAUUUGAAAUAUUUUGCAAUUUGUUUCAUGUUUGUUGUUAUUUUUAUGAUAUCGAUUAACAGUAUAUAUACUUACACAAUGAAAUGGAUUGGCCAUGCAAAACCUGCUAGAACAGCUGAACGGUGAUAGGUAUGUGCUGGUUUCAAGAGAGUGUGCACACUUGUCCAAACGUAAACAAGACAGACAAAAAUUUAAGUUGUGCAGUUUACGGAGCCCCAGACAUGACAUGAUCAGGAACAAAAUUAGCUUGUGUGCAUGCUCAAAUCUUACAUGCACACUAGCUACUGCUACUACUUCAUGUGAACGAGUUUGCACUUCGUAUUUAUUUAAUGUGCAUCAGUGUUGUUUCUCUUAAAGUGCGUACGACAUGAGAAAAAAAAGUCUUAAAUAGCAUUAUUAUGUGAAUUAGAAUCUUAUUUUGAGACGAUUCAACUAUAUACAACAAUUUAGAAAAGCGCAGAUGACGAGAAAUUAGUCUUUUAAUCUGCCAUUUAGCCACACCUACCAUUGUAAGGCUCUAGCGUCCCCAACAGGUGGAUGAAUGGGCUGAUCGGUUUUACUAUUCAACCCAUUGAGAGGGGAAUUAUUCAGAACGAGCAAAACGCGACGAAGAGAGCCGCAAAAUGUCAUUUUUUUCAGUAUCUCUACUCCAAUAUUUUUACAAGAUAUUCUUUUUAUCCAAGUAUUUUCCCCAAUAGCUAAAUAAAUGGCAUGGUCAUGACAAGUAAGUCUUGUGCUGAAUGGAAUAUGAAAUAAUAAAAGUGCAUUUAUUCAGGACGACAUGGCAAAAUUACUCCAUAAUGGUCAAAACUGUCGACUUCACCUUUACUGUCGCACCUCCCGAACGAUAUUUUAUGCCACCUAAAUCGGGUUUAUGUCAUUUCCCUUCCCCGGCUUCGGAGAUUGUAAACAAACCAAGAGACGUGACAGCUGGCCGACAUGCUAACCCGAACCGAGUGAUGUUUCAAAGUCUUCAAAGCGGAAAAUCACACAUAACUAGCCCGGAUCAUUUCACAUGACGACUGGGUUGUCGAUUGUCUUCGCCGAUCGGCAACCCGCCCGGCGGCGAACAAGUUAGAGCUCGUUUUUCACCUGCUGAGGGCAGAGGGCUCGUUUGCGGGGAAGCAGCUGGACAAUGACCGCCGGACAAACCGGCCGAAGUCGGAGGAGCAUGUAGCUGCCAAAUAGUUAACACGAAUAUGGCAAAAUAAUGCUUUACUACACGGCGAAGUCGUAAACAGCGAGGGACUCAUAGGAGGGCGGCUGCAGUUGUUAUGCAGCUAACGUGACAAUACAGUGCCCUCCAUAAUUAUUGGCACCCCUGAAAAAGAUGUGUUUUUUAGCUUCUAAUAAUUUUUUUAAAUUCAAAUAAUAUGGGACCUUAAUUGAAAAAAAGAGAAAAAUCCAACCUUCAAUACAAGUGCAUUCAUUAAGUGGGGAAAAAAAUCCCACAUAAAGAAAAAAUUAUUUGACAUCAAAUAAUGUGUGUCACAAUUAUUAGCACCCCUGGUGUUAAUACUUUGUACAACCCGCUUUUGCCAACAAAACAAGGUCUGGGGAAUUAGAUGGCCAUGGGAGGAGCUUGAUUUUGUGUCUGGUGAACCAUAUCUGUGUAGAUUUGGCCAUAUGUUUAGGGUCAUUGUCUUGCUGAAAGACCCAGUGACGACCCAUCUUCAGCUUUCGGGCAGAGCGCAACAGAUUUUGAUUUAAAAUGUCCUGGUAUUUCAAAGCAUUCAUGAUGCCA